UCAAAGUUUCAAAAAUCACUCUCUCUCUCUCUCUCUCUCUCUGCGCUUUUCCUUCUCUCUCUCUGGUACGGUUCAUUUAAGCAGGAAAAAAAAAACAGUUUUGCUCAAUAUAUCCUCCAACCAACCGCUCCCUCAGGGGCUCAAGCACCCUGCUUCUCAUACAUUUUGCUCCCAGCACUCAAGAACAUAUUCAAGCUAAAUUUGCAGAAAAGACAACAACUUUUCUUUCAUCUUCAGUGCUCAGCCGGCGGUGUUGUGGUUUUGUUGAAGCGAAAACGCAUCGGUUAGAUCGUAGUAGAGAGAGUUCUGUUGAGGAAGAUGAACGUGGUGGGGAGACAGAUGUCCCGAUCUAGUUCGUCGUCGCACCACCAGCGUCAGUACUCCGACCACUUCAUCGAGACGGCGUCGUCUAAUAAGUGGCUUCAAUCGUCGAGUCUCUCUCAGGACUUUGGUUUCUAUGGCGGAGUUCAGGGCCCGAGAAUGAGCAGGAGCCUCGUGGCGGACCCUUCGACUCCUACCGGAUCGCGGUCCUCGAGCUUGAGAAAGAAUGGCGACGAUCAAGUCUCCGCCAGUGAGUUCAGCCCCGGCUUGCUCGAUCUCCAUUCCUUGGACACAGAGCUAUUACCAGAGGUUCCAAGUAUAUAUGAUGGAUCGCAACUUCAUCAAACUCUUCACGGUAAGAGUUUUGAUGACUCUGACCCAUUUGCUCAUAUCGCCAAGCUAACAAACAGAUCCCGUGGACUGCCUGAGAAUAAUCUACUCAAAAGUUUCUCAGCAGAUAAAGAAAGGGCCAAUAAUGUUGCCAAGAUCAAAGUUGUGGUGCGCAAGAGGCCACUGAAUAAAAAGGAAAUAGCAAAGAAAGAGGAAGAUAUUAUUACUAUAGAGCUGAAUUCCAAUUCUUUGACCGUUCAUGAAACAAAACUCAAGGUUGACUUAACAGAAUAUGUUGAGAAGCAUGAAUUUGUUUUUGAUGCCGUGCUGAAUGAAGGUGUGCCAAAUGACGAAGUGUACUCUGAGACCGUGGAGCCCAUAGUCCCACUGAUUUUCCACAAAACUAAAGCAACUUGCUUUGCAUAUGGGCAGACAGGGAGUGGAAAGACUUACACAAUGCAACCACUUCCCCUUGAAGCAUCCCAAGAUAUUUUAAGAUUAAUGCAUCAUACAUACCGGAACCAAGGGUUUCAAUUAUUUGUCAGUUUUUUUGAGAUAUAUGGAGGGAAACUUUUUGAUCUCCUCAAUGAUCGGAAAAAGCUUUGCAUGAGGGAGGAUGGGAAACAGCAGGUUUGCAUUGUGGGCUUGCAAGAAUACAGGGUAUCAAAUGUUGAGACAAUCAAGGAGCUUAUUGAGAAAGGAAAUGCUACCAGAAGUACUGGUACAACUGGUGCAAAUGAGGAAUCCUCCCGAUCACAUGCUAUUCUUCAGCUCUGUAUCAAGAGAUCAGCUGAUGGGAGUGAAUCAAAGCCUGCCCGCCUGGUAGGCAAGCUAUCCUUUAUAGAUCUUGCUGGAAGUGAACGCGGUGCAGAUACAACUGACAAUGACAAGCAAACAAGAAUGGAAGGUGCUGAAAUCAAUAAAAGCUUACUCGCUUUGAAAGAAUGUAUUAGAGCUCUUGACAACGACCAGGGUCACAUUCCUUUCAGAGGGAGUAAAUUAACUGAAGUUCUUAGGGAUUCAUUUGUUGGAGACUCCCGCACUGUUAUGAUAUCGUGCAUUUCACCUAGCUCGGGAUCAUGCGAACACACUCUCAACACACUAAGAUAUGCUGACAGAGUGAAGAGUCUAUCGAAAGGGAACAGCUCCAGGAGGGAUCCCUUGUCUUCAACCUCAAACCUGAGAGAAUCAACUGCAUUGCCCCUGUCUUCAGCGUUACCUGCUGAAUCGAUUUUUGAGGAUAACAUAACUUCUGUUGCAAACGACAAGAACAGGUUUGGCUGGCCAAAACAGAUUGAAACCGAACCUUCCCCACCAUUUAAUGUGGAUCGUGUUACUAGUGGGAGGAUGGAGGGAAGCUUGCCUGCAUCUGUGUAUUCAGAUUAUUACAAAGGUCAGAGAGGUGGUCAAAGUGACAUUGCUGAAGAUGAUUUUGAUUAUUCUGAGCAGACUUAUGAACAAGAGAAGCCAUCACGAAUGAAUAAUAAAAAACUAGAGGCCUACCAAAGGUCAGUUUUGGAUGAUAAGAGGAAGAUUGACACUCAGGUGAAAUGGAGGGACAUGGCAGACUUUGAAGCCAAUAAUUCUCAUGCUGAUGACGAUCUUACUGCCCUGCUAAAGCAGGAAGAGGAAGAUCUUGUUACUGCUCACCGGAGACAGGUGGAAGAGACAAUAGACAUUGUUAGGGAGGAGAUGGAUCUGCUGGUUGAAGCGGAUCAGCCAGGCAAUCAACUGGAUGAUUAUAUCUCCAAAUUAAAUGCCAUUCUUUCACAGAAGGCUGCAGGAAUACUUCAACUACAGACCCAAUUGGCUCAAUUUCAGAAGCGUCUGAAUGAGUACCAUGUGUUGGUUUCUUCUAGUAAUUGAUCUCAUUCAUGGGAGAGUGCUGAUGAAAACCAUUGUUUGAUAUGCUGUGGAUUUUGUUGAGCUCUUGUUUGAAUUGCUCAAUUUCCUCGUUGGCGGUUUGGUUUUCACUAUAUUGAGCCAGUUUUCUUUUUAGCCUUCAUUGUCGCUAUCUCGACUUGGAACAAGUUAUAGCAAAUGAAACGUGAUGCAUAUUAUUACAUA